CUUUCGGGUAGAUCAACAGCCUCACCAUGUGCGGUAUCUGGGCCCUGUUUGGGAGCGAUGAGUGCCUUUCUGUCCAGUGUCUAAGUGCCAUGAAGAUUGCACACAGAGGUCCUGAUGCAUUUCGUUUUGAGAACGUCAAUGGCUUCACCAACUGCUGUUUUGGUUUCCACCGCCUUGCGGUUGUUGAUCAGUUAUAUGGCAUGCAGCCUAUCCGGGUGAAGAAAUUCCCGUAUCUGUGGCUGUGUUACAAUGGAGAAAUCUACAAUUUCAAACAAUUGCAGAAGCAGUUUGGAUUUGAAUAUCAAACGUUAGUGGAUGGUGAGGUUAUCCUUCAUCUUUACAACAGAGGAGGAAUAGAACAAACAGCAUCCAUGCUAGAUGGUGUAUUUGCUUUCAUCCUUCUGGACACUGCAAACAGAAAAGUGUUUCUGGCAAGAGAUACCUAUGGAGUCAGACCACUCUUUAAGGUGCUGACUGAUGAUGGAUUUUUGGGUGUCUGUUCUGAGGCAAAAG